CUUUUAGCGCGCGUGCAUGCUAAUAUCAUCAUAAGCAUCAUAGCAAACAAAAGCCGGAACACUAUAAAAUCUUCCCAGGCUACUUUUUCCUCUGGUUCAUAUAAAAAGGAGGCGGUACCGCUGUUUAUUGGCUUGUUCUUCUCCAUCACACCAAUUUUAUUUUUACCUCUCUUGAAACAUGAAAGACAUUUCAAACCUAAGCGAAGCCGCUCGAGUCACUGAAGCAUGGGAAGAAUACCUUAUUACAAAAUACGGCAGCAACAAGUCGUCAAAAGAAACAGCCGCGUUCCGAAACUAUGAAACCGCUCUGGAAGCCCAACCGACGGUUUCUGCCUUUUACAAGGAAAAUCAUGAGAAACAGACGGUAGCCCAUGUGUUAGCCAUGAAGGAAAAAUACAGGAAAUUGGACAAGGCAUACUUGGGCAUAUGGGAGGUUUUGGAAAUCUUGAACGGACUGGUGGACGAAAGCGAUCCCGACAUUGAAUUGCCACAAACCGUUCAUGCGUUGCAGUCGGCAGAGGCAGCGCGUCGUGAUGGUCAGCCCCGCUGGAUGAUUUUGGUUGCUUUGAUCCAUGAUCUUGGCAAGUACAUGUUCUUCGAAGGAGAAGCACAAUGGACGGUCGUUGGCGAUACUUUCCCGGUCGGCUGUCAAUACUCGAACAAAAUCGUCCACCCAGAAUACUUUGUCAAGAACCCAGACUAUGACCAUCCGGUCUAUUCUACCAAGCACGGCAUCUACGAACCCAACUGCGGACUGGACAAAGUACAUUUAAGCUUUGGUCACGACGAAUAUAUGGCCAUGGUAUGUAAAGAUUACUUACCUCCUCAAGCACUCUAUAUCAUCCGAAACCAUUCGUUCUACUCUUGUCAUACCGAAGGCAGCUAUUCAUGGCUUUUGAGUGAAACUGAUACCGAAAUGAUGAAGUGGGUCAAGAUAUUUAAUCAGUAUGAUCUGUAUUCUAAGGCGGAAAAGGAACCGGAUGUCGAGGAAUUAAAACCGUUUUAUCAAGAAUUGAUUGCUGAAUAUUUUCCAGAAAAGAUUCGUUGGUAAACCUUUAUUGUUAUCGCGCUAGUGCGAGCUCUGCUAUGGUACACUUUAUUGCGAUUCAUAUCUGUAAAUAUUAUAAUAAAUGACAAGUUUUUC